AUGUCUGGCCCUUUGCCCGUUAUUGAGAUGCAGACCAUUAGACUGGAUUUUACAGGCGAGAGGAUCUUUAAGAUGUUCUUGGUGGUGUCCACACACUCCAUAUUUACUUACAUUAAUGUUGUGAUGCUGUUUACGCUGCGCACCAAGGCCAUCUUCCGUGAGACGCCACGCUACAUCCUGUUUACCCACAUGCUCCUGAACGACACCAUUCACCUGGUGAUCUCCCUGGUGCUCUACCUGUUUGGGGCCAUCUACCUGGUGGUGGUGCGUGCAGCCUGUGCCAUGAUUGUCCUGCUGUCUUCGGCAACAUUUACCAACACACCACUCAACCUGGCUGUCAUGUCCCUAGAGAGGUACACAGCUAUCUGCUUCCCUUUGAGACACAGUGAGUUGGCUACGCCAACCCGAGUGAGUGCAGCAGUGGCUCUGGUGUGGAUUUUGGGCACAAUCGAUGUGCUAACUGAUGUGUGUGCUCUCUUCCUCCUUGCAGAGCCAUCCUUCUACUUGUCUCCUACAGUCUGUACUAUCGAGCAGCUGAUUGUGGCACCCUGGCAGAUCGGCAAGAGUAUGGCUUUCAAAGCCCUUCUCUUUACGGCAGUGUCAGUUGUGCUGCUCUACACGUACGUGGCCAUCCUGCGGCAGGCCCGUGCCAUCUCCUCUGACACCUCUUCUGCCCGUAAGGCCUUGCGCACUGUGUUACUACACAUUUUGCAGCUCUGUCUCUCACUCAUGUCAUUCCUCUAUAAGUAUAUAGAGUUCCUUCUGGGAAGCCUGCCAUUCGGUGUAUAUGCACAGUUGCGCUUCCUCAACUUCUUCAUAGUGCUAAUUCUGCCACGCUGCCUCAGCUCUCUCAUCUAUGGCCUAAGGGAUGAGACCUUCAGGCCUGUUUUCAUACACAAAUUCAUGUACUGUGUUAAAAACAAAGUUGCGCCCUUAAAGGCUUUUGUAAAACACUAA